CGCCCCCUUCGGCUGCCCCCGGUUUCCCCGGUCCCUCCCCGGUGCCUCCCGCCUCCCGGUGCGGGCGGAGCGCGCCCCCCCCUCCCCUUUUCUGCCGCUCCCGUCAGUUCGGCCCGAUUCGGGGCCCAACCGAGGCACCAUGUUCCUGGCCGAGGGCUCCUGGGUGCUGGCGGCCCGGGGACAGUGUCCCCCCCCGCCUCCGGCCCCACCAACCCUCCGCGACCGCUGCCAGCGCCGACACCGCCCUCCCGCGACGCCGUCCCCGCGGCCCCGCUGCCCCCAGGCGCCCACCGCCGCGCCGACUGCGGCCAUGGAGCAGCCAGAGGAGCCACCCGGCACCCACGGAGGCACCCUGACGUCCCCAGAGACUGACACCCCCGAGAGCCUGGUGACAUCGCCACCGCUGCCCCCAUCACCCGCCCUGGGCUGGCCCUGGGGGCUGCCCCCCACGCCCCCCCCGGCUACCCGGAAACCCUACAAGUGCACCGAAUGCGGCAAGGCCUUUGGGCAGAGUUCGCACCUGAUGCGGCACCUGGGCACCCACACGGGCGAGAAACCCUACAAGUGCGGCGCCUGUGCCAAGAGCUUCACCCAGAACUCCAACCUCCUGCAGCACCAGCGCACCCACACCGGCGAGAAACCCUACGAAUGCGGCGCCUGCGGCAAACGUUUCGGCUGGAGCUCCAACCUCAGCCAGCACCGCCGUCUCCACAGCGGCCAGAAGCCCUUCCAGUGCAGCCAGUGCGGCAAAUGCUUUGGUGAGAGCGCCCGUCUGCUCGAGCACCAGCGCACCCACACCGGCGAGAAGCCCUACCGCUGUCCCGACUGCCCCAAGACCUUCAGCCGCGGCUCCCACCUCGCUCGCCACCGCCGCCUCCACGCGGCUGAGCGGGGACCUGGUCCGGCCCUGGCGAUGCGCCGGGGGCUCUGAGGGGCUCCCCAGGGAGAGGGGAGGCGGCGGCAGAGCGGACAAUGGUGUUUCUGUGGUGACCAUAGGGACAUGGUUUGGCCUGCUGGUGCUCAUUGCCAACAGAAGGAUUCAUGGAGGAUCCAUGACAUGGUCAAUGGCUGCUACAGCCCUUCUGCAGUGGCCAUGGGGACAUGGUUUGGCCCCGUUGGCGCCCAUCAUCAACACAAAGACUUCAGGAAGAUCCAGGACGUGGCCAGCGGUUAUUGCAGCUGUUCUGUGAUGGCGGCGUGUCCGUGGGUUGGCCCUAUUGGCACCCAUUGCCGACACAAAGACUUCAGGAGGAGCCAUGACGUGGCCAGUGGCCGCUAUGGCCCUUCCAUGGCGGCCACAGGGAUGUAGUUUGGCCCCAUUCGUGCUCACCGUCAAUGUAAAACCUCGGGGAGGAGCCAUGAUGUGGCCAAUGGCUCUGUGGCCCUUCUGUGGGGGCCGUGGGGACAUGGUUUGGCUCCAUCAGUGCCCAUCGUUGGUUCAUGGGGAACCUGCGUAAGCAAAAAGCCACAGGAUUGGAGACAAAUGUGGACACAAAGGCUUGGGGAGGGCUCAUGACGUGGCCAACGGCUACCACAGCCCUUCUGUGGUAGCCAUGGGGAUGUGGUCUGGCCUUUUUGGUGCCUGUCACCAAUGCAAAGACUUGGGAAGGGUCCAUGACAUGGCCAAUGGCUACUACAGCCCUUCUCUGGUGGCCACAGAGAUGUGGUUUGGCCCCACUGGCGCCCACUGUCAACACAAAGACUUGGGCAGGGCCCACGAUGGGGACAUGGGUUUGCCCCACUAGUGCCUCCCAUUGGCUUAUGGAGAAGCCAUGUGGGCAAAAAGAGAUGACAUUGGAGCCGAAGGUGGACACAAAGGCUCGGGGAGGACCCAUGACACAGCCUAACGGCUACUACAGCUCACCUGUGGUGGCCACAGGGAUGUGGGUUGGUCCCAUUGGCACCCGUCAUCAUCGCAAAGACCUGGGGGGGGCCCAUGACAUGGCCAACGGCUACCACAGCCCUUCCAUGGUGGCCACGUGCCCACGGUUGGCACCCGCUAUUCCGUAGAUAAGGUGUCAUGUGGGCAAGCAUUGUGGAGGG